CAUUCGGUCGUGUAGCCCUCUCGGAAAAACAUAAUCUCGGAAUAUUUUUUCAAGAAUUUUCGUCAUAUUCUCCUCAAAACUUGUUCGGUUAACAUGUCCGACGAAUUAUCAGUGAAAAGGCACAAGUCGGAUCCAGAUGAGAGCAUUGAGGAAAUUAUGCCUGAGAUCCGCCCACCACUCACCCGGACUCACAAAAUUGUUCGUGAUGAAUCAGGAAAACAUAAUUUACUAUUAAUUCUAACCGGUAGCAUUGCUGUCAUGAAGGCACCAGAAUUAAUCAGUGAAUUAUAUGAGAAAAUCGGACGUGAUCGGAUUUUAAUCAAGGUUGUAACCACCGAAAAUGCAAUGAAACUGUGUCAUAUUCAAAAAUUGGAAUUUGACGAGAUUGUCUACGAAGACAGAGAUGAAUGGUCUAUGUGGAGGGAGCGAGGCGAUAAAGUUCUUCAUAUUGAGUUGCGAAAAUGGGCAGAUUCCGCUUUGAUUGCACCUCUCGACGCGAAUACCAUGGCAAAAAUCGCAAACGGCUUGUGCGAUAAUCUCGUAACCUCAAUCAUCAGAGCUUGGGAUCUAUCGAAACCGUGCUAUUUUGCUCCAGCAAUGAACACUCAUAUGUGGGAGAAUCCUCUUACAAUGCAACAUCGGACAGUUCUCAAGUCUCAAUUGAAAUUCAAGGAAAUCUGUCCAAUUCAAAAAGAGUUGAUUUGUGGAGAUGUUGGAACCGGUGCGAUGGCUUCAAUCGGCACGAUCGUUUCACUUGUUGCAGCACUUGUCAGGGAUCAGCAGGCAGUUCGCAUCCAAUGCGGGUAGACAAUAUCAUAUUUUUCUUCUAUUUUCAAUGUUGAAUACUAACAUAAUUCACCAACAAUAAUUUAUUUAUUUUUUUCAAAAUCGUACAAGCUUUAAAAACAUUAGUAAAUGUUGAAUUUUCUUCCAUGUAAGCGAAAACGAGUGAGAUCUUUUAAAAAUGUUCCCCUUAUUCUAUCCAUUGUAAUAUUUACAUUUCCAAACACUGUGGAAGGGGAAACUAGCGAUAUUUUGAAACUUAUAAAGUUUGUCCAUGACUA